GUCAGGCGCAGCCAGCUGCUGGAGGGGGUGGUGGUUCGCGGUGGAGCCUGCGAUCCGGAUUGUGUUCCUCUCCGCUCUACUGGGAGCCAGUCUGCUGAGGGGAAGGAGAAGGAAAAGGUGGCGGCGGCGGCAGCAGCAGCAGUUGCUGCUGAUACUGUUAUUGGCGGCGCCCUUCAACAAACAUGUUCGCCUGCGUACGCUUCCUGCAGGACCAAGUGCAUCAUAUUAUACCCGUGUCCCACAUUAAAAAUUUCCACCCCACAUCCAAGUGCGACUUCAACAAGAAACAAGUUUAUCGACUGUCGCUGCCGGGAGUAGGACCUGGACCGGCUCCGGCAGGAGAGGCGGAAACAGGCACCGUUACUAAGGGGGGUCACUGCCGGAAGGCCCAGAUUCUCGCUCUGGGAGAUAGCAGACAAGAGCUGGAGAAGUUUUUGAAACUGAAAAAGUGCAAAGUGCCAAAAAUAAUUGAAAGUUUCAUUGAAGUGUCUGAAUCAGAAGAUAGUGACAGCACCGAAGAUGAAACGCAUCAAUUCAACAAUAUCCAGGAACAAGAUGUCUCCUGCUUUGAAGACAGCAGUGAUGAUGAUGAUGACCAAACACUAAAGAUUUUUGAUGAACUAAAACAUAAGUACUCUCGGGCCAAGGCCAACAAUAAAAGAUUGAUUCAGGAACUCAAAAAGGUUACUGCAAAACUUCGAUUUGCUGAAGAAAAGCAAAAAGAAUAUGAACACUUGGCAUCUGAACUACAGCGACUGAGGGACCUUAAUAUGGAUCUUCAAAAUGCACUGCUUUUGAAGUUAUUUAGAUUACCAGAACAGUACCAUGGGUCAAAUCCUGAGGAGGAGCUAAUUGACAACACAUCAGCGCAUCAACUAAUUUCCAGUCCUCCAGUAACAUCUAUUCUGCAAGACCACUUGAACAUGCAACAAAGAGUUUAUCCCUCCAAGAAAAGUCCACAUUCUCUCCUUCCAACUCCAAGUACCUCUGAUCAUCUAGAGAGUCAGAUUGAAAAUGGAAACAACAUGGUCCCAUGCCCAUGGGCUUCAACCCAAGCAAUUGCUAUGACUCAGCCUAACAUUUACUCUGUUCAGGAUGGAAAGGUUCACAUUGGAGCUAAUAUAUGGAUUGAGGAGGACAAGUGGGAAACUGUGAAACGCCAGCCAAGUGAUUCAAGAUUUACGAAGUGCUUGGCUGUAGCUGUGUGGGGAGUGGAUACCUUGAAGGACAGAAGUGUCACUGGAAUUGCAUGCAACUCUACAAAGUCAUCACCCAAGCCACCUCUUUCCCCUUAUAAAGUACAGAUUAUUAAAGAACAAUUACUGAACAGAAUACGACAAGAUGCCAAAGAUGACAAUGAGAUUCACAAGCGACUAAAUAAAGUUAAUCGAUACAUUGGGGAAAAAAUAAUGGACAUUAAUAAGCAGUGGCGCAAAGCCAAAGCAGAAAUAUCAAAAUUUAGGAACUGUGAGUGUGAGAUAGGAUUAAAAUGUGAAACUCAUGCACAUUGUGAGAGAUCUGAUGUACCCAUCAAGGAAGAGAUUGAAACCUUUAUCUAUGAAUAAUCUUGUAACAACUUAUACCUUGCAUGAUCAGAACAUUCUGUUCAUGGCUAUUCCAGUUAUUAUUAGUAUGUAACUUAUUUAAUUUGAUUAUAAUGAAAUUUGCUCAUUUUUCAUAUCAUUUAUUGACCAUAAUAUGGUACUACAGAAAGCCUUUUUCUGUUAAUUUGUAUGUAACUGUCAAGUUUUAAAUCUCAGUGUUAAAUCAUUGUACAGAUAAUUAAGCAAAUUGUAGAAUUCUACAGAAGGAAGCCAUUUAGCUCAUUGCACCUAUGUGGCCUCUCAAAGCUUCUAGUUAUUCCCCAUGACUUACCCUUUUUACAUAUCUUUUAAAUUAAAACUUUCAUUCACUUCCCUGUUAACACCUAUUAAAGAUUCUGUUGCCAAGACCUAAGAGUUGAGUUUAAAAAUAAAUAAUUAUCUUGGCCUUCGGUUGUUUUUGGCAAUGAUAAAUUUCAAUCUUUUAUUUGAUGGAUUAACGAUUAAUUGGAUGUAGUUUUCCUUCUUUACUUAAUCCAAGCUCAUUAUUCUGAAUACUGCAAAAGAUCUCAUCAAGAUAUUGGCUGUGAUUGUAAGAAAGAUUGUAGUGUUUCCUUAUAACUGAAUCUUUUCACCUCUGGUAUGAUCUUUGUGAAUCUGUUCUGUACUCUGACUGUGACCUUGAUGUCCUUCUCAAAGGAAGUUGAACAAAUCCAAAUAUAAAAUUAAAAGUGUGUCUUAACUAAUAUUAUGUAUAGCCUAAGCCUUACCCCCUUGCUUUUGUAUUCAU